GUAUGGCUCCACCUUACACUCCUGGGUACCUGGCACGUUCCCUUGUACGUGUACCCGGCAGCGGACGAGAUGGCCCAAGAGCCACAAUUCUUUGCGACCUUUCUCGAGUGUCUACCCUCGCCGCAAGCGUCUCUAUGCCCAGGAACCUGCCUCCGGCGCUGGUGAGUCUCCCCAGUGGAUUACCUGAUAACACUCUCCAAAAUCCUAGUCUGCACCUACAGACAUCAACAGCCCACACACUGAAUGGUUCCAGCGGCUCGCGCAAGCGCACCAGGGACCAAGUCUUCCGAGGUGAUGAAACAUAUCCCAAGCCAAAAGUCAGCAAGCUAGAGGAUGCACCGUUUCCACCUCGACACGCCGCUAAUGAGGAAGCCAAGGUUACGUCGAGCAACCGUGGAUCAACGAACACCCCUACUGUUGUGGUCUUCAUCCCUCAAAACCACAUGCACCAAUUAAUCUCGACAAGCCAGCCACAAGAAGGAAGCACUCAAACACCCCAGGUGCUUGUGGCACAGCUUCAGGACAGUCCAGCUUUCCCGGGGGUUAUGGCCCAAUUACAGGGUCUCCUUCAACAACCCAGUUCAACCCCCCAAGGGAUUAUGGCCCAUCUACAGAGUCUCCUUCAACAUGCGAGACCAGCCCCCCAGGGGGUUGUGGCCCAUUUACAGGGUCUCCUUCAACAGGCCAAUCCAUCCUCACACGGAGCUGUGGCCCAAGUACAGUCUCUCCUUCAACAGGUUAAUCCAUCCCCACAGGGGUCUAUGGCCCAAGUACAGUCUCUUCAACAGGUCAAUCCAUCUCCACAGAGGUCUGUGGCCCAAGUACAGUCUCUCCUUCAACAGGCUAAUCCAUCCCCACAGGGAUCUAUUGCCCAAGUACAGUCUCUCCUUCAACAGGCUAAUCCAUCCCCACAGGGGUCUAUUGCCCAAGUACAGUCUCUCCUUCAACAGGCUAAUCCAUCCCCACAGGGGUCUGUUGCCCAAGUACAGUCUCUCCUUCAACAGAGCAAUACGCCAAUCCAGAACGUAGCGGCACCACAACCGAGGACUCCGAUACCCCAAAUAGUGGUGGCUCCUCGACAGGGCUACAUUCAACAAAGCAGCUUAACACCCCAGAUUGUGGUUCUCCAACAGAACCACCUUCAACAAACCAACCCAGCACCCCAAAACGUCGUGGUUAACCAACAGAACAACCUUCAACAGACCAACCAAUUACCCCAUACUGUUCAAAUGCAACAAACCAUUAAACAACUAGUACAAAAUAUCUCGCAGCCGAGUACGGUGGAAGCCAUCUCGAUGACAGAGGUCGCAGAGGAGUCCCGCCAGCUGAGAGAACACAACCUGACUCUUCGCAGACAGGUGUCUCUGUUUCAACAACUCUUCAGCGACAAACAAAGACUUGUUUCAGUGAUUAGAAGACUUGGCAUGCGUGUUGCAUAAGCCAUAUAUGUAUAAUGUCUUGUAAUUUGUAAUAACAAUAUUAGCAAAGUUAAAUUAUUUUAAGAUA